UCAAAAAUUGAUGGAGCCGAGGCGGAGUCUAAAUUUAAAAAGCGAAUAAAGGAAAAAGAGCACGCAUAACACUUGCGAAAUAAACAUAAUUCAAUGAAUACCUAUGUUUGAAGUUCAGCAGAUAUGAAGUUAUAAGGUUGUAGUUGUGGUGUUUCAAAAAACGGUGCUUAAUAUGUCUACAUCCACAUAAUAUAUAACUGAAAAAUCAAAUAAAUAUAGAAAAAUGUUUCUGAAAGGAAAUAUACUUAAAUCUAUAAAAUUUAAGAACACGGUGCCUCUGCCGUUCUCGUAUUGGGUCCUAGUUACUCUUAGAUUUGCAUUAACGCUACUACCUCAAACAGGAUACAUUCACCCAGAUGAAUACUUUCAAAACGUUGAAGUCAUUGCCGGUGAUAUAUUUGAUGUAGAUGUUGCAAGAACGUGGGAAUUCGAUCCAAAAUUCCCAAUACGUAAUAUCUUUAUACCAAAACUUAUUUUAGGCCCACCACUUUUCAUUAUAAGGUUUCUUAAUCCCUUUAUAAAACACUACUUCAAAAUCGACUUGCGUUCACCAUACUUCUUACUCGUCAUACCUAGACUUUUUAUAUGUCUUCUCUCAUUCAUUAAUGAUUAUUGUCUUUACAAACUCUGUAUAAUGUAUGGUCAGAAUUUCAGAAACCGUUUGAAAAUAUUUGCAAGUUCUUAUGUUGUACUCAUAUAUUGUUGCAGAAGUUUUUCAAAUACAUUUGAAAUGUUAUUUUUUUCCAUUCUACUUUAUUUAGUAGGAGACUGUAUGCUAAAGUCAGACAAUGUCAUUUAUCACCAAGAAUAUUUACAAGAAAAAUACAAACAUGCUGUUACACCUAUGGAGAGAGUGAAAAUAUAUAAAAUGCAAACACAUUUACCUCAGCAUUCUUUAAACAAUGUUUUAAGCUUGGCCUCUUUGGUUGUGAUAGGAAUAUUUAAUCGUCCUACAUUCAUAGGAUUUGCUCUAAUACCUAUAUUCUUUUGGUUACAUAGAGGAAUUGGUUCCAAGAUAGUAGGGUUUGCUGAUUUUCAUGCCAGAAUAUUUAUGUUAGUUGUUUGUGGUAUACCAAUGGUCUUGUUGUGUAUCCUUGUUGAUUCCGCCUACUAUGGCUACCUGACAUUAGCUGAUAUUGAAUCUCUUCAAAUAACUUGGAGUAACUGGGUUGUGACACCUCUUAACUUCUUAAGAUAUAACAUGGAUGUAAGAAAACUAACUAAACAUGGAAUUCAUCCCCGUUGGCUCCACUUGGCUGUGAAUGUGCCCAUCCUUUUUAAUGUUUUGGGGUUCCUAGCUGGAUGUGCAGUUAUACUUAAUACAUACAGGUUUGUCAAGGGACAAUACACUAAAAUGCCUAAAAUACAAAGUAUUAGGGGACUAAUGCUAUUAUCAGCAAUUACACCUUUAGCUGUGCUCUCCUUAUUUCCUCACCAAGAAGCCCGUUUUAUCAUUCCCAUACUAGUGCCUCUAGUAUAUUUAUAUGGUAACAGUAUCCAUAUAUGUGAGGUAGAUGACAUGGAUUUAAAGACAUUAAAGAAGUUACUUAUAAUUGUAUGGUAUGGCUUAAAUAUUAUUUUUGCUAUAUUUUUUGGUUUCAUCCAUCAAGGUGGUAUUUAUCCGUUUAUUAAUGAUCUUCAUUAUGAAAACAAUGGCAGCUAUGGUUCUCACAUGCAUGUAAUUACUACACAUAGUUAUAGCAUUCCUACCUAUCUUCUUCAACUAGAAAGCACUACAAAAAUUUGGAAGGAUAGAACAACAAAACAUAGUUUUACAAUUGCUCCAUCAACCUUUAUUCAUAAAUAUGGUUCAUUACUAAUGGAUCAACUAUUCAUGAAUGUUGAUGAAGUUUUAACAAAUGCAGAAAUGCGCUAUCAUAAAUAUAAGAAAAAAUACAAACUGUAUGUAGUAUCGCCAUGCUCUCUAGAAAAAAAAUUAUUCAGGGAAGCUAGUAAAUACCAAUACAUAAAUUUAUUAGAACACCGUUCUUACUAUCCUCAUUUUUGUACUGAAGCAUUUCCUAAUUUUCCUAGUAAAGAUGAUAAAAGUUGUGUUAAAGGUAGUAAAAUUAUAAGUAACAAUGCUCAAACUGAUCUAACUUUGUUGGAUAGAAUCUCAUGCUUUGUAAAUCAGUUUUGCUUAAAAGUAUUUCAUGUUAAGGUAAAUGAGACAUAUACACUUUAAUUAAUUUUUGGUUUAGUUUAUUCAAUAUUUACAGAGUCCAUCCAGUUCAAAUAUGUUUGCCAUAUUUUUUUUAAACAAAUACAGUCAUAAACAUUUAAUAUUUUUAUACACAUACUUGAAUCUAAUAUUUGUAUGUUUUUUCUGUAAAAUAUGAAAUCAAUAUUUAUUUUAUUACAAUCUUUUACUUCUUGUAAAACUCAGAUAAGAAAAUGAAGGUUCAUGUUGUACUUUUAUCUCGGCUUAUAUAUAACAUAAUACAAUUUUACAGCUGUGAAUACUUUGGAUGUCUUAAUAAUUUAAGCAUUUCAGAAUUAACUUUAAAAGGCAAUGUGGGCUUAUUAAAGUAGCUUUAAUUAUAAUUAUUUACAUGACAUGGCCACUAUAAUAGUAUAUAAGUACCUAGUGUAUAAGUUAUUUUCUUUAUUAGUGACUAAUAAU